ACAAACUAAAAAAAAACUGAAUGGAUUUGAUUAAAGCUUCAAGCCUGUUGCAACCAUGGCGAAUUCCUCUGUCACCACUUAUCACCAUUACUAGGACUAGGAAUUUCAGUUCCCCUUCUUCUUCUUCAAUCCAAUUUUCAACCUUUACAUAUACUCCAAUAAAGCCCCUUGUUAUUCCUCACGGAAAGAAGAAAAACUCUAAUUCAGAGCCUGUUAUAGAAUCCACCAUUAUACAAGAAGUACCAUCAGACGAAGAAGUAGAAGAAGAUGAUGAAUUCGAAUACGACACAGAAAUUGAUGAGGACAUGGAUGAUGUUAGUGACAGUGACGAAGACGAAGAUGAGUACUUUGACGAGGAAGAGGAUAGUGUACUACCCUAUGCUGGUGAUGGUGGUGCUGGCGGUGGAAUUUCCCUUGCCGGAACAUGGUGGGAUAAAAAAGCAUUAGCAGUUGCUAAAGAGGUUACUAUGUCUUUUGAUGGUGACUUGCAAAUCUAUGCUUUCAAAACUUUAGCCAAUUCCACAGUUCAAGUGCGUAUUGAAAAGCUUUCCAACAAAUCCGGCUCCCCCACCAUGGAAGAUAUUGAAGCAUUUUCUACAACUUACAGAGCAAAAUUGGAUGAAGCAGAACUUGCCAAAUUCAUUCCUGAGAAUUUAAGUUUGGAGGUGUCUUCACCAGGUGUUGAAAGAAUAGUUCGGAUUCCAGAUGACCUAGACCGAUUCAAGGAGAGACCUAUGUAUGUGAAAUAUAUCACUGAAGAUGACUCAGAUAAUCCAUCUGCUGAAGGCGACGGUGUCUUCAAGCUUGAAUCCUUUGAUAUGGAAACAAAAUAUUGCACUUGGAGUUUAGCCAACGUGAGAGUCAACAGAGAGAAAGCAGGGAAAGGAAAACCACUGAAUAAAAAACAAAGAGAAUGGCGUUUAAGUACUCCCUUUAGUUCAUUACUUUUCGUACGGUUGCAUUCAGACAUUUAAGUAAUUUAUUUUCCUUAACAGUUAAGAGCUAGAUCUCCAUCUGUCAUUUUCCUCUAUGUAUGUCUCUGUAUAUGUCACUCAUGUAAGGAUCUCACGUUCCAAAGGUCAAGCCCUGAAAAGUGCAUGUUUGAGAUUAUGGUGGAUUGUUAAAAAUCACAUUGAGCCACCGUGAUUUUGCAAGAGUCAUAGAAUACUUGUUUGAAAACUAUUGUAUUCAUAGUGGGCACUGAAAGCUUGAUUAUACAUUUUUUAGCUUUGAAAAUCAUAGUCAUAUAAUCCAUUAUGAGUUAUAUGUGAAUAA